UGUUUUUUUGUGGUUUUGUUGUUGUUUGGGCUUUUUGUUUGUUUGUUUUGGGUGUCAUCUGCUCCCCCCUUUCCCUCCCGCCCCUUCCAGAAGGAGUAUUAUAGGAUCACCAACCUGAAAUUUGGUAGCAGUUAAGGAGUGACCAUGUUUUGGAUGAGGAGAAACUAAGGUGAGCAAAUGGAAGAACCGUUACAGCAAGUGGCCUGGUUUUGGUUGUUUGUUUUUUUUUCCUAAAAAUCAGAGAACUUCAGGCAUCUGGAAUUUCUGAAGUUUGUUCCCUAUUUCAGGAUCAUUUCAAGCGGUGGAGAAGCAGUUUUUCAGAAUGUUACUGCUAACAGACACAGGAUUUUUCAGCACAAAUACAUAUAUAUACACUUGCACAAAAUCUUCAAGAAGGCUAGGAAUGCACUCCAUAUUUCAGUAACAUGAAGUGGAAUUUAUCCUGAACCCAGAAAAAUGUAUUUUUACCCUUAACUACUAACAGCAGGUUAGCUCAAAUCAGCCAUUUUUAUAGAAGUCCUAUAGUGGCCAAAGAAACCACAGACUACUUGAAUCCAGGCCAUAUACUCAGGACCAGUCCUGAAGAAUACUACCUGUUGGAGUUGCACAGAUGAAGGCCACAGAGAUCAUUAAACUCAACAUCCUGCUGAGCCAGUGCUCAAGAUAAUUCAAGAACAGUCUAAGUUACAAAAAAACAACAGUCAGAUAUGCAAACGGAGCUCUUGCAGGUCAUACAUUCGUCCUGAAGAUUUGUGAAAUCAGUGGAGGAUCCAACUUCCCCAGCAAUUCUCUUCAACAGGAAACAGAGAUCAUUAUCACCUUUUCCCAAAUGACAAAAGGAUGAACACCCACUAUCUCAAAAUCUACUUUAGGAACAAUAUUCUAGAAAAAUUACACAACUACUAUACUGAUCAGUAUCUUCCCAUACAUAAACCUCAUCACUAUCCAGGUACUUCCUGUUCAAUUUCUACAUGGAUCUUCAUGUAACACAAUGCUCUGCAUUCUUUUAUUCUCUGAGGUGAAUAUUGCAAUAAAAUUACUGCAAAAUAUUAAAGAUCUAUAUCAACUUCUUAAAAAAUAAAAUUGGAAGAUUGGGGUAUAAACAGGAAAGUGAAAACACUGGGGUUUUUUUUAACAAUUAACACACUAAUCCUUCAGAGCCACAAACAGUAUCUCAAUUUUAUAGUGAAAGAAACUAAGCAUUAAUAAGGUACCUACCUCCUUUUUGCAGGAAAAAAAAUCUCGUUAUUUCUAUUUACCUUGAAUUAUGUCAAGAAAUCUCCUUAUUUCAAAUUUGUGUGCAUAUCUUUUAAGGUAAGCUCUGCUAUAUAGCAGCCGCCUUUUAAUUUACAUUCAGGUCUUCUCUGUAUAGGUUAUUCAUCCAACAACUCUGCACAUUUUCAAUUUGGAAGCUGAUGAGGAAGGCAGGAUUUACCCAUGCACACACAGAAGAACAGACUUUCAACCUUCAAUAACCAGCCAUCUAAAGUUCUACCAGAGGCUAUCUGCCUCUAACACAGUUGACUAAACAGCUUACGGAAAGCCGCAGUAGGGAAAGCCUUGUUUAUGUCUAAUUGCCCUCUAUCCAAAAUACACAGAACUCUCAAUUCAGUGCUUUGAACUGCAAAACUACAAAAAUACGUACCUGUUUUCACCAUUAGCUUUGAAAAAAUUAUUAAUGAGCAGAAGCUUCUGGUUUUUAACUUCUAUACCUAUGCUACUUUAUAACGAGAAAAGUUUUGUCAUAGAAGAAAUGUAUUAAACACUCAUAUACUUUAUUAUAUGAAUAAACAUUAUUUAUUUAUACAAAGAGGUACUUCUGCACCCCUGCUACAGCAAGCACCUUACCAGCUUGCACGAACAGAAGUUAAGCCAUUUCAGACAUAAAUACUACCCACACUCCUCAUGGCACUUACAAGUAACACAAAUAAGAACACUGACCAACUUUUUACAACCUACUUCAUUUUACUUUAGGUCAGUGUUAAGUAUCCUCUGUUUUGCUUUGGUUUUUGUAAGGGCUGCUUUAGUAGUUAGUUAAGUUUAAUUUCAUAAUAAAUAUGGAGAUAUACCUGAAAGACCCAAUGAAAUAGCAGUGUAUCAAUUAUGCAUAUUUUUCAACUUCACCCAUCUAGAAUGCAAUCAAUGAAAAAUGCAUGUGGUUAAAAUACACUGUGUAUUUCACAACUGCAGCAUCUGCAUUUCCUGCCUGUAACCUUUGCAUGUUCUAUCACAAUUAAUGCCCCUGAUACCAAUCAGAGUUUGUUAUUUAAGCGAAACAGUAUCAAAACAGCACCAAGUGUAUUUUCAAACGAUCAAACCAAAUCAUUUCAAAGCUGCCCCAUUGGCCAUGACAAUGUAAGAAUGGCUAUGUCUGGCCAGAUCAACAGACCACCAACCUCAGUAUGCCACUUCUAAACAUAGACAAACAGGCAGCUCCAUGGGAGCAGCACAAACCCAGAACAAUAAACCUCACAAAACAUUCCAAAUUUUAAAAAAAUCCUUGUAAACCAAGCGUCCUGAACUACAGUAUCUCUGACUUUAGACACCCCCAGGCAUUUUUCUUCACUGAACUCAUCCAAACACUUUCUGACCCAAGAACAUUUUAGCAUCUACAAUAGCCCCCUCCACAAAAUUCCACUAAUUCCCAAAAAGCCACAUUUUGGGGUUUUUUUAAAUACUUAAUUUCACUUCAUGCUUCGCAGCUGCUCACUGAGACACACCAAUUCUUUCUUUAACAAACUAGUGACCAUUCUACAACCCUCAUAACCUCUUUCACUUCCAGUCUAGCAUCAAAACAAAUGGUUUGCCAAAAGCAAGGUGAAGUCUGUGCUAUCAGAAUUAACUGUUCCUCCAACUUUCAAGGAACAUACCCAGCACUAUCCCUCCCUUCAAACCUGCAAAGUAAACCAAGCUACAUAUAGCCAAAUAUUUCAACAACUGAUUCUUGAUACACUUUGUAAAUGCUGAAGCUUUGAAAAAUGCUGGAACACUGCACGAGUACAUCUACACUAAACAUGGUCUCUCUAGCUCAUGAUAUUAACAUAUUUCAUAUGUUUACAUAUUUACAAUUACAUAUAAAGUACCUAAUUUAGAUAAUCACCUCAAAUCUGUAAGAUUACCACAAAAAUAUACUUUUUUAUUUAAGAAUAUCCUAUUGGGAUGUAAUUCUGCAAUACUUAGGAGGUUCCCAAAGUUCAUAAAAUUCCUUUAAUGAGCUGCUCUCCACCCCCAAAAGAAUAAUAAUAAGAAAAAAAAGGCAUGCAGGUAAUUCAUUUUUUUGAACACUUAUAUAAAGAACACAAAACAUUAGGCAACAAAAUGCUCCCACAAUGUCACUGCUUAGUUGGGAUAAAGAGCAUUUGUAAAAUUAGAUAUAUGAGGAAUGCCAGUUGUGUGUCACUAAAGCCAUCAUUUCAUAUGAUCAUAGAAUCACAGAAUAGUUAGGGUUGGAAAGGCCCUUAAGAUCACCUGUUUUUUAAGAUCGCGCUUAUUUACCACCUGUUAAUACUGUUUAUGCUGAAAUGGUAUACAUUUUCUUCUGAGUAUUUGUUUCUUAAUUAUUCCUCCUAUUCAUUAAAACAUUUGGAAGUAGCAUCUUCUGUUAAUUCUCUCUCAGCACAUUCUUGUGUGAUUUUGAAGUAUCUUACUCAAGCUCAUUUUAAUCUAGUUCAGAAAACAUGAGUAAACUGCAAAAUUGAGACCUUUACUCCAGCCUAGCAUCAUUAGCCUGUAAGCCCCAUAAACAAGUGGAAUUCUAUUCACCUCCUCCUCAAAAAAAAAAAAGGUUGCCUGAUGACACUCCUUUUUGACACAACUUUAUCUUCGCUCUGAAAGUUUCUGUGGUAUAUCUCCAGUGUUCUCCCAUCCACAUUUCUUUUAGUAGACUACAAAGCAACUUACCUGCUAAAGGAAUCAAUUAUUUCUAACAAAUACAUAACAUCCAACAAUAUGGGCUUGCCAUAACUCCGCUAAAGUGCAUAAAAUUCUUAGAAAACUGACUGAAUUUAUCCCAGUGUAACAGCUAUGGACACCAAGGUCAUUACAUUGCCAGAUCAAAGUUACAGUUAAAAUUACACAACAUCGUUACAGUGAAAAUCAUUCUUUUAGCUCACAGAAUAGGGAACAGACCCAGCCCAUUACUUCAAGCGAUCAACACGCUAUGCAAGGCCAGACUAUUUCCUUUCAACACAGCAGUGAGUAAAUGCUAAAAAAAGUUACUGUGGCAGCCAGUAUUACAAGUGAAAGAUAAAAAAGAGUCCUACAGUUCAAGUACUGCUCUCCUAAUAUUUGACAUUUUUAUACUUCAUAUUGAUUUGCACAGCUUUGGCAAAGAAUUAUGUUGCUUCACUUGUGCACAUGGACAGUACAGCCAUACACCUCAACAGCUGGAGAAGAUAGUGUAACAUGAUUAACAGUUAAGAUUCAAAGUCUGAUAUGAACAUAGACUUAAGUCUACUAGUACUUCUUCAGAUCUAAAGGGUUGAGACCCUUUGUCACUCACUUUGGCUGUGGUAUAAACCCCAAGAUAAUGAAGUAACAUAUACUUUAAAUUAAUUAUAAAAAUGUGUCCCAUAGACAGGUAGAACGAUAGAAUAAGAAGUUCAUUACAAGCUCCAAGAAAGAAUGAACUGCUACUGCAGAUCACCUCCCCUUGCACCAUCACCCUGUACACAAAGAUCGCUCUUAUCAGGGGUGAGCAACUCUUCCAGUCAUUGAACUAGACUGGGGAAAAAAAAGGGGGGAGAGGGGAGGCGUGAAGGGAAUCAGGAGUCCCAUUAAGUUCAUCAUUAAUUUCAUUUUCAGGACAGGUAAAGAGAGUCACACAUAUUGCUAAGUCAUUUGGUUUUCCACAUACUUUUUAUAAAGCACUGUUUGUAAAGUUAUCAAGUUAACCUAGAAAAAACCUGCUAAUUGCCAGCAUUGAGAAACAAUGUUUAGAGUUUGCUGUCAUGUUGAAAGAAGGAAGACACUACCUGCAUGAGGAGAGCUGCAUCUAAAACAAACCAACUCUUAUACUUCCAUAUUAAUUAGCUACUGUCAUGCUACAGAAUUUGGGUUUUUUUCCCCUUCAACCCAGGAGGUCUCAAUCACGACAAAACUUACACUCGUACAUAGUAACACUCUCAGCAGUUUCAAUGGACAAAACUGUUGUUUGGGGUCCAAACUAUUAAUGUUUUAUUAGUCAAAAAAUAUACUGGGACUUUACAACUUGAGUUGUAGAACAAAAAAAAAAAAAAAAAAAAGCCAAAACCAAAAAACAACCAACCAAAACAAACAAAACCCAUGACAGGCCUAGUAAGUAUCUCUUCCAAAAAUAUUCUUAACACAUUCCUGUAUCAGUCUUCACCACUAUACAGGUCGACAUCUAAAACCCAAAGGUAAUGCUCUCCCCCUAUUUUAUCCUGGGCUUCCAAAGUUAUAAAAACCCUCACCCUCAUGCAUACGCACUGUGCAGUGAUUAUGUUGUCAUGACCUGAUGCACACAUGAGGCAGAGUGAAUCACCGCAUAUAUACCCAGGGUCAGAAUGACUGAAGCACCUUCACAAAUAAGCAACUGAAACAGCAUGGUCAUGAGUAACAGCAGUUACAAACAAAAGCAGUAGACUUGGCAAGAACACAUCACACGGUGUCUAGAGGCCACAUGAGUUCAUAGCAGCACUUUUUCAGUCAGCUAGAGCUUUCCAAGUCUCCAAACCGAGCUUUACGUUAGAGCACAGAAUGCGGCACUUCAUUUUAAAGCAACAAGUCUAUAUCUAAAACAAAUCUUUCAAGAUGGUUUUGUUUGCUAAUGAAUGUCACUAAACAACUAACAUAUAAACAUAGUGCUAGAGAAAACAAUAAAAAGUCAGUUGUUCUCUGCUAAAAAUGCCCACCAAACUGAUUUCAAAAACAGCCAUUCUACAAGGCUUAAAAUAAGACAGCCUGUAAGUGAAGGAAAUAGUAAAAUGUCUUCAUCUUGUUUCCCUUGUUUUUUUUUUAAUUCUCUCUUCAUUAUAGUUGUAACAAAAAUAGUGCAGAUUACAUGCUUAUUAUAGAGCUCAGAAGUUCUGAAAGAAUUACAGUUUUUGGUUCUGAAAUCUGAAAGUAAAUACCUCACAAAUGCUGGCUGCUGUUGCAGCAUGCUACUAAAAACUCUAAGUACAGUGCAAUUUGAUGGAAUGCCACUUCAAGACAGUAAACAUUCACUCAGUACAAAAAUCACCAAAAAUUCUUUGGAAACAAUGAAGUUUGUUAACUGUUACUGCCAACAUUGCUGUCCUACAAAAGAAUAAUGACUCCUCUAUGGACACCUCACACUCAGUGGAUUUUGCAAUGUGUACAUAAACUUGCAAUAGUCUAUGCAUCGUUUUAUUUUUAUGUGAAAAUGUAAUUAGUAGAGCUAUCCUUCCUAUUACUAAAAGCAAACGUUAAUGGCAAGAGAGCUACAGUGGAACUCCAACACUUGCUCUCUACCCUGAAGAGUUAUUCAGUUAUUGUUUCUGAGAUGAAGUUUGUACUUUCAGGUAUAGUAAAGUGACCAUGCUGAAGACCCAUCAACUCCGUUCAAUUCUUCAGCGGUUGUUUCUCCCGUUCUUUGAAACCUCCAAAGAAACAAGACAGAAAGAAAGCGAGCACACGCUCCACCUGUCUUCAAACCAGAGUGCCUGGCCAAGUCCUUUCCUUGCGAUUUACCUGAACACCCUUCUCUCGUCCUCUCCCUGCUCGGGAGGCAGGCAGUCCUGCCUCUUGGCAGCUCUCUCUUCUCCCCCAAAGCAACUGCUCGCCGAGCUUCGGGGAGGCGCCAGCCCGGAGGCUCUUGCUCCCCAUAACUCGCUCCCAGGGCUGCGGAGGCCGCCGGCCCGGAGAGCCCCGGAGUCAUUGUGCCGAGGGAGACGAUCGCAGCUGCCAGGGCGCAGCCCGCCGUGCCGCGGGCGGGGAGGAGGGCCAGCAGUCCCGCGCCGCGGCAGCGCCCGCCCGUCCUUCCCCGGCCGUGCUCCGGGCCCUGCAAGGCGCGCUCGGGCGAGAGGCCUGCGGAGCAGGGGCUGCCUCCGGAGCCAGGAGCCCAGGCGGGCGCCAUGCUAAAAACCAAAAUGGCUGCCCCAGGGAAAGGAGCCCAGCUCAGGCCGUGAGGGGCUGCGCCUUCGCCGGCCCCGCCGCUUCGCCCACCGGACGUCGCCCAGAAAUACUUUGAUUCCUGCGCCCCACAUACAAAUCUGCUGCUGAGAUCAACAAAAAAGAAAUGAUAAAAUUUUUCCUUAUGGUAAACAAACAAGGUCAAACAAGGCUCUCCAGGUAUUAUGAGCAUGUAGAAAUCAAGAAACGGACAAUGCUGGAAGCUGAAGUAAUCAAAAACUGUCUCUCCCGUUCAAAGGAUCAGUGCUCUUUCAUUGAAUAUAAGGACUUCAAGCUGGUAUACCGACAGUAUGCAGCCCUUUUUGUAGUCGUUGGAAUUGACCACACAGAGAAUGAGAUGGCAGUAUAUGAACUAAUUCAUAAUUUUGUGGAAGUUCUGGACAAAUACUUCAGCAGAGUGAGUGAAUUAGAUAUCAUGUUCAAUUUGGACAGAGUGCACAUCAUUUUGGAUGAAAUGGUGCUAAAUGGUUGCAUCGUGGAAACAAACAGGAACAGAAUUCUGGCCCCUCUGCUGGUGCUUGACAAAGUGGCAGAAAGCUAGGAAGAUGCAAGACUGACUAAAGCAUUCUACUAAAGAUGAUGAACCCACCAAGAUGAUGCUGACAGCAGCUUUCUGGUGCCGUAAGACUGACUCUUGCAAUAUUCAAGUUAGUUGGAAAGUAUUUCCUGUUUCUCCUAUGCCCAGUGUACCUAAUGGAAAGACACAGCUAUACAUAAAGUAGAACCUUCCAUUUCAGAUGCAGCUUUUUUGACCCAGCAGAAAUCUUCCUACAGCCGUCAACACUUUUUCAAACUGAGAAUAAAGUAGUGGCAACUUACAUGUGACUGUCUAGGUGUCACUCUGAAUUACACAGCGUUGUGCCAGACCUAAGACAAGACAGAAAAUAUGGAAAUAUAAAUUCAAAGAUUCAGUGCUUCCUUUAAGCACCAACUUCAUUAUUUUUAUACAAAUGUACUGUAAAUUAUAGUUCCAUAACUUUUAUGACUGCUUUUGAACUAGAUUAAUCCUUCAUCAAAAAGCUAGUUUCAGUCCCUUUUCCGUGUAAGUCAUGGUUACAAAAGAAAUGUAAAUACAGAAGUCUAGAUGCAUUUAGUAUUUCUGUGUAAGUUGUAACUGAAAGCAUUUGGCACUUAAAUAUGGUAACAUUAAUGAGAGAUAAUUAUAAUCAAAAGUUCAAGCAUCUUUUAACAUGUUGGCUUCAUAAAUUACACAAAAUCUUUUCUA